AUGGCCAACCGCACCACUGCCGGAGGAAUCGGAUUCGCUGUCCGUCAAAAGCAAGAAUCCAAAUUCAUCAAGGAGGAAGCUGCUCUUCUUCUCGAAUGGAUCAAGAAGGUUUCCGGAGAGAACAUCUCCACUUCUGGAGAACGUGACAACUUCCACAAUCUCCUUAAGGACGGAACCCUCCUUUGCAAACUUGCCAAUGGACUUGAAGCCGGAUCAGUGAAAAAGGUUCAGAAGCCAAUCUCAACCUUCGCUUGUAUGGAGAACAUCAACGCCUUCGUCGAGUUCGCCAAGAAGCAAGGAGUUCCAAAUGAGGAGACGUUCCAAUCUGUUGAACUCACCGAAGGACGUGAUCUCUUCUCUGUUUGUAUUACUCUUCUCUCCCUCGGAAGAAUCCUCCAAAAGGCCGGAAAGAGCCAUCCAUUCUAG